AUGGCCGCUUCAUCAUCAUCACCCUCAAUUCAGGCAAACCCUGAUUAUAGUCACUUUGACUUUAUGUCUCUAAUGGACCCAAUGAGCUACCCACUUCUACUUGCUUCUUCAUAUCACCUUGAUUUUAUGUCUAAGUCCAAACUUAAUAAUUAUAAGAAUGAUGGACUCACCUUUACAAUGCCACCCCCUCAAAACCUAUCACUUUCGAGCUCAUCUUAUAUAUCUCUAUUUGAUAAAACCCGACAAAUCACUUCAUUAGGCAUGAAUCCUAUCUCUCAAAUGGAUGAUGAUUUUUUCUCUAAAAAUUUUGAACUAAAUAUCCCUUCAAUCCAUUCAUCCAUUCCAGCAAUUACACCAACUUACUCUUUAACUAACAUUAAUAAUGUGAAUUGUAAUAUAGUAUCUGUAUCAGGUGGUAGUUACAUGACAUCUAUGGAUGCCUCAAGCUCUGGCUUUUCAUUAAAUGAUAUAGGACUAAAAUCGCAAGUAGAUACUUUUAAGGAUUUAAACAUGAGGAACGAUGAUAGCUACAGUUGGCUAGAAAUUCCACCAAAUGGACCCCCUAAAGAACUUGAAGAAUUUUGGGAUGAUUCAUAUACCAAACCACCCAGUCCUUCAAGUGGCACAAUUUUUAAAUCAAUAAACAACCUACAGAGUGAAGUUUUGUGCUCUCAUGUUAUCUUACCAAAUGGUAAUGAUAUGACAUUUAUGGAUGACUUCAACUCUGGCAUUUUACCAAAUGAGUUUGUUCUAGAUACGGAUGUUACAUCACAAAACAAUGAUUUUGAGGGUGUAAACACGAUGAUCAAUGAUAACUGGUGUAACUGGAGUUGGCUAGACUUCCCACCAAUUGGACCUCCUAAUCAUCUGAAUCAAUAUAGCAAUAAUGCAAUCAUCCCAGUGGAACAAGGCCAGGAUUGGUCUCUAGGUUCCAUUCCUAACUUCAACUAG